AGAAGGCACCUAGAGGUGCCUCGCUGGGCGGCGAUUCUAUCGUUUUAACCGCUUGCAGGCAGAAGCUUGCUUUUGCUAGAUAAGCUGCUGUCUCCAAAUCUUCUGUAGCUUCACUUGAGAGACGCCACACGGGCAUGCGUGAUGUAUUUUGAUAUGGAAAUAAGAGGACUGAAAGCGUUGUUAGUUGCUGGCAGUCCCUCAAGGAUGCUAAAAUUACUGGCUGCAAACUUUAAAAAAAUGUCCUCAAAUGCAAACGAUGAGGUCCUCAAAGAGAAGCGUAGCAAAAUCAUGGCUAGAGGACUUCCAAAGCAAAAACCGAUUCAAGGAGUUAAGCAGGUGUUGGUUGUAGCUUCUGGAAAAGGAGGUGUUGGGAAGUCAACAACUGCUGUAAAUGUAGCCCUUGCACUGGCAGCAAAUGAUUCGACAAAAGCAGUUGGUUUGCUUGAUGCAGAUGUGUAUGGGCCUUCCAUCCCAAAGAUGAUGAAUUUGAAAGGAAGUCCAGAAGUGACACCAAAAAACUUAAUGAGGCCUCUUGUGAACUAUGGAAUUGCAUGUAUGUCCAUAGGUUUCUUGGUAGAAGAGACUGCACCAAUUGUCUGGAGAGGCCCCAUGGUAAUGUCAGCCAUUGAGAAGUUGUUGAGACAGGUUGACUGGCACCAGCUGGAUUAUCUAGUAAUUGACAUGCCACCUGGGACAGGAGAUGUACAACUGUCAAUCUCACAGAAUAUCCCAAUUGCAGGGGCUGUGAUGGUGUCCACUCCUCAGGAUAUCGCUUUACUGGAUGCACGCAAAGGAACGGAGAUGUUCAAAAAAGUGAAUGUGCCGGUCUUGGGGCUUGUUCAAAACAUGAGCCUUUUCCAGUGCCCAAAAUGCAAACACGAAACCCACAUUUUUGGAACUGAUGGUGUGAGGAAUCUAGCCUGUGAUCUUGGUCUGGAUGUUUUAGGUGACAUUCCUCUACAUGUCCACAUAAGAGAAACAUCUGAUGCUGGCAAGCCCAUUGUGGUCUCACAGCCCCAGAGUGACGUGGCCCAAGCCUAUCUGAAGAUUGCUGCUGAAAUAGUGAAAAGACUGCCAGUUUCUCCAACUUAAAGCCAUAUUUUUGAGGUUCUGUGACUAGAACUCUACCAUUUGAAGUGACAGAAUAAAUGAUAUAUUAUGGAACAUGCCUUAUUUUUUAUUUUGUCUCGGAAAAUUAAAUGUCAGUACCAACUUAGUGUGAUUGUCGUAUCAAACAUUUGAAACAAACUUUCAGCAUGCUUUAGCAGCAAAAAGCACCAAAGACCCAACACAUAUUUGGAACUCAAGAUUUUUAGUGCAUCAUUCAGUAGGCCUGGUAUUAAAGAGGAAGAGAUAUUUAAAGAGAUUUUAGCAUCUUUAUGUAGGUGGACUGACAAACACCAGAAUGCACCACUGCAUGUGUGGUCAGUUUGUUUCUCUCUGUCAUGUGUCUGAAUUAAAGAUGAAGAUACUAGAAAUGUAAGAUAAUUAUGCUCAGCUUUGAAGAAUUAUCAUUAGCCAAGAUUCACUUAUAAGCAGUCAAACAAUUAACUAAGAAUCCCAAGAACUGGCUUUUUUAUGUAUUCUAUCAGCUUAUGUUCGAUCAUAAGAUAAUUUUCUUAUUGUAAUUGUCUGGGGAAAUUGCUCCAUUUCCUUUGUCUUGUUGAGCCUGAAUAAACCCAAAAAUCAGCAACAAGCUCUUCAUUAAAAUUAGAUGCAUCUGAGAUCAGGUUGCCAAAGGAGGAAACAAGUGAUAAAAAUUAAUUACUGAUGCUUGCAUAUAUGAAUAUUUUCCCGCUAGGAAAUAAUAGCCCUGAAUCUAUAAACAAAAAGAUCUAAUUGCCCUUUUUUUAUCAGUGCAUACUGCGUGGUUUUGUCUGAAUUUCCUACUGCCUUAAGUCUUGCAUCAUUAUUUUCUGCCGAUAGAGCCGGUCACAGCAGGGGGAGGGGGAACUGAAUAUGAAUGCAUCUAGGAUUUAGGCUUACAUAAACUGAAAGUGUGUUUGUACAUGAUGGUGUAUUAGCGUCUCUCUAUUCAAUUCUAUAUAUUUUUGGUUCAUGCUACUAUUUGCUCCUGUUAUAUAGGUUCUAAUGAUAACGUACAAUCACUCAUACACAGAAUAAGCAAGACAACAGGGUGUAUUCUAUAUAGCGCUAAGGGGAACAUUCCAUCAGCACAAUAAUUUAUCCUAAGUGGUGGAACAUUCUCCUCCCCUGCUCUCACCCUCCUGCAUGCCAUCUAAAUCUGUUUCCCUUGCCUUGCAAAUCUAGGGAUAGCUUGUGCUAGUCCAAAAAAUUAGGCCUAAAAUUUUACUGAAAAAGGUUAUGUGAGUAGCUGUUUGAUUUUUAGAAUAUAGACUGGAUUCCUUCCAUUUUGUUCUCCAGCAUAUAUUAUUCAAAUAUAUACAGUCUCCCUAUGAAUUCACAGGAUCUGAGAUAAAACGUGGUAAUGAUACUAUAGGUAAUGGGAAAUAAGCGUUCUAUCAAGGCUUUCCAAAGCAGGCUUCCCAAGGGAGUGAAAGUGAGAUAGAUUGUGCUGAGGCCUUAUUCCAGGAGUGCAUCUCUCAGCACCACUAAGUUAUUUAGUGGUUCGUAUUGUAGGGGCAAGGUGCCUCCCAUUCUUCCUUUUACUGAGCUUGACUACGAUGACUUUUAUAGCACUGAUUGGCUUUUGGAGAGACUGGAUCCAGGUGCACCAUUCUCAAGUUUCCAUCGUGGAAGGACAAAGGCACACAUCUUCUCCCUCUUGUUUAUUAUACUGAGCGUUGGCAAACUGAGUCUAUGAUUAAAAGUUUCCUAGAGCAUC